CUUAUAAAUUAGUAACUCACAACUUUCUUCAUCUCACUCUACCAAAAAAAAAUCAUUUUCCGAUGGUCCAAUCGCUAACUCUACCGGCCGGAAAUACUUUCCGUUUUUCUCUUCACAGCCCUCCUUCUUCCACCGCCGGUUUCAGAUCCGGAGUCACAUUUCCCCGAAGGAAUAAUCGAACAGCAGCGGUAUAUGCCGCCGCCGUUGCGGAGGCACCGCCGGUAUUGCGAAGAAAAACACCGGCGAGUCUCUACGAUGUGCUAAGGGUAAAAUCAAAUGCGUCAGCGAAAGAGAUAAAAUCAGCUUACCGGAAUUUAGCUAAGCUAUACCAUCCCGAUGCUGCGUCUCUGUCGGAGGAAUCUUCCGACGGCCGGCAUUUCAUUGAGAUUCACGAAGCUUAUGCUACGUUAUCAGAUCCUGUUUCUAGGGAUCUGUACGAUCUCAAGUUAAACAUGAGCUCCGGCCGACGAGGAUUUGGGAGCUCCGACGAUGGAAUUCGAAUGAAUGGGUCAGAGUUUUACCCGACCCGAAGAUGGGAAACGGAUCAGUGUUGGUGAUGUCAGAUGAUUAGGAUUUAGGGGACCCACUUUGCCGCGUUAAUACUGUAUAUGGCAUUUUAUUAGUUGGAGAUUAGAUACGUAUAUAUCCUGUAAUUUUUUUUU